GGAAAGCAAUUGACUUACUCAUUAUAGGAGAGACCCAUAAAGUUAAUGGUUUUAUCUAUUAAUUUAACUGCCGUUCAGUAUGUUCAAUUUGAAGUAGCAUGUGAGCGCUCCCUAACAUUACGUCGACCGUUCGGUGCGUUGGAAAAAUCUCUAGCUAGAAUCAGCGUCGCAGCGCCACGGUUCGGUCGCCGAAACUAAACGUACGUCACGCUUGCGCGACUGCUGCCAUCUAGCGGCAGUGAUGACGUAACUCGCUGCUUCGCACCUGCCUGCUUCACACAUUUCUCUAUCGCGCUCGCACCAGUGGCACGUAAAAAUAACCUCAAAACCCUGAUCGCGGACGACCAAUCGCAUAAAUAUUGUCCUUCAAUGCAAUAAUAACAGUGACGUACACUACAAUAUCAAAAAUCGCAGUGAUUACAGUGACCUUAUGGUGGAUUUAAUUAUCUAGUGCAUCAAGAUAACAGUGGAAUUGACAAAAUCAAAAGUUUCAAGAAGACAAAUGUUCGUUUUGGUGGGCUGUCAUCGGGCAGCCCCCAAAUCUAGUGCCAAUAUGUGGUGGUGUUUGAUUUUAUGUGUUUUGAACCACAAUGUAUUUGGAAUAUCUGCUUCUGACAGCAAAUAUCAACAGCAAGUAGCCGCAGUUGCUGAAGGAGCAUGUUCAUUGAAGCAGUUUCAGUGUGCAAACGGGAAAUGCAUACCUCUAGCCUGGGUGUGUGAGGGUGAGAACGACUGUGGCGACAACUCGGACGAAAAUAUUGAGGAAUGCAAAAAAGAGAGUCGAACAUGCACGUCAUCCGAAUUCCGUUGCAAGACUGGACGCUGCGUGCCCAUGUCCUGGAGAUGUGACAACGAGAAGGACUGUUCAGAUGGGUCAGAUGAAGAUCCCCUCACUUGCACCUCACAACGAAGUUGUCCCGAACACAAAUUUGUGUGCACAAGCGGACACUGCAUAUCUGCCGCGUGGCAUUGCGACUAUGAGGCAGACUGCCCCGAUGGCUCUGAUGAACACAACUGUGAAGUGGAGCCUUGCGGUCCAGAAGAGUUCACUUGUCGGAGUUCACUUGGAAAACAUGGCGAAUGUGUGCCCCUCACCUGGAUGUGCGAUGACAACCCCGACUGUUCCGAUGGAUCUGAUGAGAAAGCAUGCAACGAGACGUGUCGUUCGGACGAGUUCACAUGCGGCAACGGGAAGUGUAUACAGCAGAGAUGGGUGUGCGACGGUGACGAUGACUGCGGGGACGAUAGUGACGAGGCAAAGUGUCCGGCGAAGACCUGCCAACCUCACACACAUUUCUCUUGCGCAGACGGCCAUUGCAUCUCAGCUAGGUGGCGUUGCGAUGGCGACAUCGAUUGUCCGGAUAGCAGUGACGAGAUAGGUUGCGGAACAACACCGAAAACCACAUCGCCGUGCAUUUCCACAGAGUUCGAAUGCAAGGACAGAAUGACUUGCGUCCACAAGGCGUGGGUGUGCGAUGGUGACCGCGACUGUCCUGACGGUGGGGACGAAGCUCCUGAAAUCUGCAGGGGCAACGUGACCUGCAGGCUCGACCAGUUUCAGUGCAAGGACCAUAGCUGCAUCCCAGGAGCGCUGUAUUGCAACGGGGACAAGGAUUGUCCUGAUGGCAGCGAUGAAGUCAAUUGCACCCGACCGAAGCCGGUAUGCGACAAGAAGACCGAGUUCGACUGCGGCGGUGGCAUGUGCAUUCCUCUCUCCAAAGUAUGCGACAAAAAGCCUGACUGCCCCAACUUCGAAGAUGAGCCCAGGGACAAAUGCGGGGAGAAUGAAUGUGCCAAGAACAACGGCGGGUGUACUCAGCUCUGCGUCGAUACUCCUGUCGGUUAUUACUGCGACUGCGAGAAAGGCUACAAACUGGUGGAUAACAGAACUUGUGAAGAUGUAGACGAGUGUGCCGACCCCGGGGCCUGUUCUCAAAUGUGCAUCAACGAAAAGGGCACCUUCAAAUGCGAAUGCCACGCCGGCUACGCCCGUGACCCUCGUGACAGGACCAGGUGCAAAGCAACCGAAGGCCACCCAUCCCUACUAUUUGCACGAAGAUUUGACAUCAGAAAGAUCAGUCUAGAUCAUCACGAGAUGGUUGCUAUAGUCAACGACACGAAAUCUGCAACAGCCCUCGAUUACGUAUUCAGGACAGGGAUGAUAUUUUGGAGUGAUGUCAGUGACGAAAUAAUUUACAAAGCUCCGAUAGACGAAGGCAGCCAGCGGACUGUCGUCAUCGGCGACCAACUCAUAACAUCCGACGGUUUGGCCGUUGACUGGAUCUACAACCAUCUGUACUGGACGGACACUGGCAAGAACCACAUCGAAUUGUCAGAUCUUCAGGGCAACAUGAGGAAGAUCCUUAUCAGAGACCGACUGGAGGAGCCGAGGGCGAUCGCACUUAAUCCUCUUGACGGAUGGAUGUACUGGACUGACUGGGGCCAAACACCGAAGAUAGAGCGAGCUGGCAUGGACGGGUCGCACCGGCAAACAAUCGUGGCUUACGACGUCAAAUGGCCCAACGGCCUAACACUAGACCUUGUCAGGAAACGCGUGUACUGGGUGGAUGCCAAAAUGAACACCAUAUCAUCGUGCAACUACGACGGUUCAUCCCGUCGGGUUAUUCUCUACUCGACCGACGUUCUUCGCCAUCCGUUCUCCAUCACGACCUUCGAGGACUGGGUGUACUGGACCGACUGGGACAAGACUGCUGUGUACAGAGCUAACAAGUUCAAUGGAAAGGAUGUGGAAGCUAUCACUUCUACUCAUACUCUCCAAAAUCCAAUGGUGAUCCACGUAUACCAUCCAUACCGGCAACCUGACGGCGUGAAUCACUGCGCAGCCGUCAACGGUCACUGUUCCCACCUCUGCCUACCAGCUCCCAGGAUAGGACCCAAUUCACCGCGCGUCUCCUGCGCCUGUCCUAACGGGCUAAGGUUGUUACCUGACAAUCAGAUGUGCGUCGAGGACAAUGCGAUAAAACAAGAUGUGGACGUGCAAAAACCGAUUACUCCCAAAGAAAUUAUAAUAAGUGAAGAAAAACCUGUAACCAGUGUCCCAGAAACUCCAAAGACUGAUACUGGAAUCUCAAGCAGCGGGCGAGACGCAGGCGUGGUGGCUGGCAUCGUCGUUGGAGUCAUAUCUGGGGUCAUUAUAUUGGCAGCAGUGAUUGCAGUUGUUAUGUACAAACAUUACGUGAACCGCAACAUCACGUCUAUGAACUUCGACAAUCCCGUCUAUCGCAAAACAACGGAGGACCACUUCGUGCUGGAGAAGAAUGGAUACGCACCAGGCAGCAAAUUGUACCCAAGCACAGUGGGGGAAGAGGCUCGAGAACCACUCAACACUCCCAGCACAAAUGAGUUUGUAUAGUGUACAAGCCGGAAGCAAAUACACUAGUAUAUCAUUAAAUGUGAAAAGAAAAAGAAGGACAUGUGAUACUUAAAAAUAGUGAAUCAGUGAUUGGGACUUAAGCUAACAUUUUUGUAGUAAAGUCAUUAAUAGUUAGCGUAGUGCAGUGGACCGAGUGAAAGCCAUUUGAACCAAUUCCGGUUGAUGCUACAUGCCUCGCUAUGGAUCUCAAAAUUGUGAAAUUAUUCGUCUUAAGCUUCGAUUUCAUUGAUGCGACCAUAACUUAUUUUUAUUUAUAUAUAGACGACCAAAAAUCUGUUCAAAAUAAUAAUACCUACAUAUUUUUGAAAUGUACCUUUUACCUACAUUCUGUAACUCAGCACAGUUUUAUGAUUUUUUAUUUAUUAGUUAUAUUAAAGAUUAUUUUCUCUUAAACAUUUAACUAAACCUUUCCAGUCGUAUCAAUUGUCAUCGAAUUAAGUAUAACAUCUUUUAUUUUACAUGAACCUGGGAUCUUGGUUAACGCUUAUAAUAAUAUGUAUCACAUUUAGAUAGUUGGGAAGUGUACGGCUAUAAUUUUUUAGACUGUGAAUAGCAUAGAAAUUCGAAUAUUGCUUUCGAGCAAAUGCCUGGUGCAUUGUAAUUAUUUAUUAUAGGGUUUACAAUUUUUAUAUUCCAUUUUUAGUUAAGGUUAUAGAUGCUUUUUACAAAUACGUAAUGAAAUUGUGCAGCAAAAUGCAACAUUCAAGGAGAAUGAAGCUCAUAUAAUAUAGCGUACUUACGUGUGUAGUAAAAUUACGUUUCUUUUUAAACAAUUUACUGUACAUAAUGUUAUCAUUGAUAUUUAUUUAAAUUUGUGAUUCCUAAUAGGUUACGUUUAUUUAUUGGAAUAUCAAAUUUUAAUAAAAUUAGACAAAUGAUUCCAAGCUGUAAUUACGUGCCAACUGUAGUGAAAUUUAAAAUAAUUUUAUCAAAAUUUUGCAGAAUAAACCUAUGAUAGUAGACCAAUGCUCAGUCGUAUGUUUGUUGGUUCGUAUUUAUUUGAAUUAUAUGAAAUUGUUAUACAUUAGCGCAGUUAAUAUUUAUAUAAUAUUUUAUGUAAAGGUUGUGUUUACCAUCCAUAUAAUUGUGUAUUUAUUAGUAAUCAUUACUUAAUAUUUGGAACAUGACUUUGUCAAGCAAAAUCCUGCCAAAAUUCACUAAUAUAUUUACCCUGUAUAAUGUAAAUGAAUUACAUUGAAUUGAUGCACAUUUCAUUUAAUACGCCUAGCUCAAUAAGUGUGGUCACUAAAAUUAUUAUUGUGUAAAUAUUGUCAGUAAAAUAUAUGUAAAAUGUGUUAAUUUUA